UAAAGAUACUGGUACAACUAUGUCAUAAAAUAGCUACCGUACUUGCUUAUAGGAAAGUCUCCUGCUGAGGGAUUCAAGCUAUGUGGUGAAAAAUCUGAUUGUUUGUAUGGAAAAUGCAUUGGAAUCUCAGGGAUGGAUAAUGAGAAUAAAUCCAAAGAUGCCAAGCAGAUUGAUGUGGCAUGUGUCUCUUAUCAACUCACAUCAGAGUUGUGCGCGCAAUCCACAUCAGAGUUGUUCCACACCACAAUUCAUACAGAAAGUGGGCUAACCGGCCCACUGACUCUUAGCUCUUGUGAUUCAAACACCACUUUUUAUGAGAGAAACUUUGCAGAACAACUUGAUUCUUAUGCAGCAAACCUGAAAUUUUCCCAUUCAUCAGAAAGUAAUUAUUCUCCUGUCUCUGGACCGGCGGGCACUCAUACAGGUUAUUUACCUCUUGAUCUUCUGUUGCAUCAGAACAUAGAUUCUGAUGUAUAUGAUUCAGUUAGCCAUGAUAACACUCUGAGUUUUAAUCCGACCAGUAUAAAGGAUUCCUGUGCCCAAUUUAAUGUCAAUGAUAAGGAAUUUUCCUGUAAAAUCUUGAUAGAAAAAAGCAUGGAUAGAGAGAAUGGUAAACCUAUCAUUCCUGAGGUUAUGAAUUCCUUAAUCAUGUCGAAUUCUGAGCUGCAAAUCACAAAUCUAAUUGUUCCUCAUGAUUUGACUGUGAAAUUGCAUGGUGCUAAAGAAGCUGAUCCUGUUGAAGAUUCGAGCAACAUGCUAGGCAUAAAUGAUUCUGAUCUGGAUUCACCAUGCUGGAAGGGAACCAUGGCUGCUUAUCAAUCAACAUUUGAAGACUCUGGGCCUGUUGAUUCACAAUGUCUUAAAAGCAGACAAGAAGCAUUAAGUAGUUUGAAUCCUCUGGCAUUUCAGCUCUUUCCUAGCAAUAAUAAACAAAAUAUGAGUUCCUGUGGGAAUGGAUAUGGUGGAGAUAAUUUCUCAUUUUUCCUUGAGACUGCAUUCUCAGCUGUUAAUUUACUAUCUAAGUAACUGAGAUCAGCAAAUUCUGAUACAGCAGGAUCAUCUUCUUCUGAAUUGAGCAAUAUCAAUGAGACUCACUGCUCUAAUGAUAUUCAUCUUCCAGAUAAGGAAGGUUCCCUACUCAAGUACUUAAUUAGUAACCCUAUGCUCAAAUUGUCUUGCAUGCUUCCACCAUUGCAAGUGAACAAUUACUGCAAAUAUAAUUGCCAGCUUAUAACUGGACCAAAUGUUUCAGGUUGUGUAAUAAGGACUGAGCAUGCUAAAUACCAUUGUUCAACUGGUAUUCCUGUUGGAAGCCAAAAUGUGUUCAGCUCAUCUUUCUGUAGAGUUGGCGUUCCUUCUGAUUUGACCAAAGCGCAUGGGGAUGCAACUAGAUAUUUUUCUAGGUCUCCAAGAUUAGAUUUAAAAAAAAUGGUUGUUACAAUGAACUGUCAGAAAUGCUCCUGCAAAACUGUUCAAAUGCUUUAGAUUCUUUGAAUGAGCAUGAUCAUGUUAUAAUCAAGUGUAUUAUCAAUAAUCUUACUGUGUGUAUCAGAAAAAUUGGAAAAAGAAAUGAUGCCUGAAUCAAUUCAUCCAUACACAUCAUACAGUCUUGGGAAGUCUACUGAACUCCACAAGGUAAAAUAGUUUCGUUUCUUCUGCAAGUUGUGGAUCUGAUUUGGAGAUACGGACGAAGUUAGCUUUCUAUUGUAAAUCAUUUUAUAACUUCCUAUUAUUGUUCUCAGACAUGCUAAUGGAUUUUUGAAGCUGCAAGAGUGUGAAUGUCCAUGGUUUUAUAAUUAUAAAGGUUAUCCUAUUUAUCAUGAAUGUUGCUAUAUCUAUUAACACUAUAAAUUUAAUUUAUAUUGCUACAAAUGGUGUCUUUUCAGUAAUACUUCAUUGUUUCAUUCUCUUAAGAGAAAAUGACUCUGAUUUGUUGCCUGUGUUUCUCAAGCCUGAAAUGAUUGUAGACCACCAAGACAAUGAUACAUGGUCUGGUAGGAUGAACAGUGCAAAUAGCAAUGUUGUCAGCUAUUUAUCUUAGAAACCAGGGUAAUUUUGUAGGAUGAACAUUAUCAGCUCUUUGUUACUAGAGUUGUAGCGGGCUUUAGAGAUUCAUUCUGUUGUUCUUCUCUCUCUCUUUCUCUCUCCCUCCUUUCUCUUAUUCUUUUACUUUUUCCUUCUUUGUUUUGUGCAUUCGGGGUUGUAUGCUGGCUGUUGCUUUUAGUUUUAGUGAACUUUCCAUCUGACUAAAAAAGAUUCCAUGCUGAAAACAUGAAUAAUGUCUUUAUCAGUGCUCAACUAGGAACAUCGAGCAGCAAGGACAAAGGCUAUGACAAUUUUACAUAAUCUUGAUUAUCAGAAUGAGCAUGAGGAGCGGAAAGAGUUGUUCUAUUAGAUCCAGUGAGAGACUUGAUUCUUUUUUGGCAGGGAAGGAUGAAGCCAGCAAAAACGGUGACUGCAUCACUCAGGUAAUCAGUGCUCAACAAGGAACUUGGAGCAGCAAGGACAAAGGCUAUGACAAUUUUACAUAAUCUUGAUUAUCAGAAUGAGCAUGAGGAGCAAAAGAGUUGUUCUAUUAGAUCCAGUGAGAGACUUGAUUCUUUUUCGGCAAGGAAGGAUGAAGCCAGCAAAAACGGUGACUGCAUCACUCAGAUCAUUGAGAAGGCGCCAACAAAACAUCAAAUCAAAGAAAAUAUGAACCCUUGAGUUUUGUUGAACGAAAUUCUAUGGCUCAACUCUAAAGCAGCACGAUGCUUUACUGAACUGCAUUUUGAUUUUCAAGGCUGAGGUGGACAGUUUCCAAUACACGAUGCUUUACUGAACUGCAUUUUGAUUUUCAAGGCUGAGGUGGACAGUUUCCAAUAUCCUC